UAAACCAGAUUUAUCGUUCCGUUAAAUUAAAUUUUCAUAAUUACCUAACCCCGGUUUUAGGGUUCUUCAAUGAGUGCUAAUAGAAUUAUAUAUGAGCUGCCAGGUUACUUCCUGGUCUUUGCCUUGCCAUGGGAAACUUGUAAUAUUAUAAUGCAAGAAAGAAUGUUAAUGACAUCAUUGGUUUGAAUCACGUAAAGCAUGCACCUAUAAAACCAUCCGCAUGUCGUCUCCUCAGAAUAUCCAAAUUAAACUCCUUUUGCUUUAUCAACAAUCACCAUUUUUAUCUCAAUUUGAUAUCCGUUUCUUUCCCUGGCUAAUUAUAAGUUUCGUAUCAGCCGCAAUGGGUAGGUCUCCAUGCUGCGCAGAGGAUGCCAAUCUGAAAAAGGGACCGUGGACCCCAGAAGAGGAUCAGAAGCUGGUUGAUUACAUUAACAAACAUGGCCACGGAAGUUGGAGGGCUCUUCCAAAGCUUGCAGGCUUAAACAGAUGUGGUAAAAGUUGCAGACUAAGGUGGACUAAUUAUUUGAGGCCUGAUAUCAAGAGAGGAAAAUUCACUGAAGAAGAAGAGAGAGUUAUUAUUAACCUUCAUUCAGUUCUUGGAAACAAGUGGUCUAGGAUUGCUACUCAUCUUCCUGGACGAACAGAUAAUGAAAUCAAGAACUUUUGGAAUACCCGCGUUAGGAAGAAGCUAUUGAACAUGGGAAUUGACCCUCACACCCACAAACCAAGAACUGAUCUUGAUCAUCUUUUAAAUCUUUCCCAAUUGCUUUGUGCCGCACAAUUAGGCAACUUGAUGAACCCUUGGGACACUGCUUUUAAACUACAGGCUGAUGCCGCUCAACUGGCCAAAGCCCAACUAUUGCAAAACCUAAUGCAAAUUUUGAACUCAAACAAACUAGCGAAUGUUGAGAGUGCUAGUGGUUUGCUUGGAUCCCAAAAUCUUUAUCCAUUUGAAGGAUUACUCAAUGGUACAAGCACCCUAUCUGCUAAAGAACUAACCCCAAGCCCAACACCUCAGAACCUUCCAAAUAACCCUGGUGCAAUCCCUCAAACAUCAAGUGACCACCAGGCUGUAGAAAACCCAUGGCCAUAUUUUCAAGGUGGAUUUAACUAUGAAAGUCUUGACAUGAAUAACCAGAGUUUGAGCAAUUCCCUUGAACAAACUGAAAAUCCACUUCCUGAGUUAGUUUCAGGAUCUCCAGACACUUCACCAAUUAACCAGAUGGAAAACAAGACCGACACAGCACCAGACUCCACAAUAUAUGAGGCUUGGGAGAAACUAAUUAUUGAAGACGAAGCAGAUGGCUCCUACUGGAAAGAAAUCCUAGACUUCACUUCAUCAUCCUCAUCACCUAUCUCAUGGUAG